GGACUCCUCGCACCCGCUCUCCGUCUCCGUCGCCUGGGACCGGCGCCCCGGGGAUGCCGCGGGCGGCGCCACCGACCUCCCGGCGGGCCUCGCCACCGGAUCGCGCGGCAGGCACAAGGUCAUGGCCUUCGUCGGGAUCUUCACCGGGUUCGGCUCCGUCGGCCGCCGCCGCGCGCUCAGGCGGACAUGGCUCCCCUCCGAUCGGCAGGGUCUCCUUCGGUUGGAGGAAGCUACUGGUCUGGCAUUCAGAUUUGUGAUCGGCAAAAGCAAUGACAAGUCUAAGAUGGCAGCUCUUGAAAGAGAGGUUGAAGAAUAUGAUGAUUUUGUGCUUUUAGAUCUUGAGGAGGAGUAUAGCAAGCUUCCAUACAAAACGUUAGCAUUCUUUAAGGCUGCCUAUGCGUUGUUCGAUUCUGAUUUCUAUGUUAAAGCUGAUGAUGACAUUUACUUGAGACCAGAUAGACUCUCCUUGCUCUUGGCCAAGGAACGUACACAUACACAAACAUACAUUGGAUGCAUGAAGAAGGGGCCUGUUUUUACUGAUCCCAAAUUGAAAUGGUAUGAGCACAGUCCUUCCUACUUGGAUCAGAAUACUUCCUUCAUGCAUAUGGGCCUAUUUAUGCUUUAUCAGCUGAUGUGGUGGCAAGCUUAG